AUGGACCUUUCAUGCUGCACUCCCCGCCGGUUUCACGUGUUGUUGCCGUUCGAUCAGCUUUACGCCUGCCACGCGGCCGCCAUCGUCCACCACCGCAUGGGCUGGGCACACCAUGAGGUCGGCAAGGUCGACGUCGGCCGAAUGGCGACCAUUCUCAAGGCGGCCGGGGAUUGCGGGUUUUCCGUCCCAUUUUCGUGGCCCUCGUCUCCUGCUGCUGGUACCACCGCGAUCACCAUCUCCAAGCCACCACGGCACGAUGACUUUGUCGGUGGAGUCGAGAGUGGCAACACCACCGACUCCGAAGAACCGGUCGACGAGUACUACUCCGGGGAGUUCAAGGGGGUUACACGGCCAGGGGAGGGGGGGGUGAUGCCUCGGCCCCGUGGCGUCGCCGGUGGCGCCGCACGGUGGCGAGAAGAGGGGGGGGGGUUCUUGCCCCGGCCUGGUGGGGUGUCGGUGACCACCGGGCGGUCGGGCCACGACAACGGCUGCGGAGGCGGGACCAGUGCGGCCGUGAGCAAUGGCGAAGGUGGAAUGCGUAGCCGCACCACGUCCCCAGUGCCAGGGCUAGGACCACCGUCACCUUCGCCGGGAAUGCUGCCUAGUGAUAUCGAGUUCCAGGCGGCAGGGCAAACCGCCAGGACCCCAGGGAUAAUGGCUAUCUUUCCGAACCAGGCAGGAGUGCAGAAGAAAUACCACUGUAACGAUGCCGACGUACAAGCGACGACACGGGCACCGUUCACGGGGCCGAGAGACCCCCAGGACCGAAUCCCCGCGACGGGGGCAUCGCGGAAUGGACUACGGGAAAGCUGCGACGGUAUUUCGCCCGCACCACCCCCACUUGACACAAGUUGGCGCGAGAGCUCCAAGGAGAGGAUCCCUGGUAGUCUUGGCGUGCGAGUGGGUACCGGGGUGUCGGAGAUGGAUUGUCCCGCCAGAGGCUAUUCCGAUGUAGCAGAGCCGCAGCCGCGGCGGCGGCCGCCAGCGUAUUGCCGGGUCGUCGUCGUCGGAGGCGGCGCCAGCGGGCUUAGCGCCGCGGCGUGUUUGAGGGCUCGAGGCGAGGAUGGGGUCGUCAUCCUAGAGAGGUCGGAGAGCCUCUGCGGCGCCUGGGCUCGGCAGUACGAGGGACUGCGAAUCACGACGAGACGGCGGCACUGCGGCCUUCCGGGAUGGCCUGUCCCGCCCGAAGGCUUCUGCGAUAACGGUUGCGCGGAUGACAUCGCUCCUGCCAACAACACCAACGCCGGGUCCGGAUUUACUAUCGACAGCAACAGCAGCAAUGACAACCAUGCCACCGGCGCCGGCGACGAGAUGUCGGCCCAGAGCUUCGUGCGAUACUUGCGGGCUUACCGCCGACGGUUCGGCCUGGCCGUCUUCACCGAGACCGAGGUCCUUGGAGCGGAGCGAGAGGCGGUGUCGCCGUCGACCCGCCGGGGGAAUGCCGGUGCUCGGGCUGGCGGAAUUCAAGUCCGCUUCCGAUGGUACUCUAUUGUUCCUGGGAGAGGCGAAACGGCGGUAUCCGUGGUACGUUGUGAUCACGUCGUCGUCGCUACGGGAAAGUGUUCAUCCCCGAGAAUGCCUUCCACGGUGUUGGAGAACCUCCGAGGCUUCUCCGGGGAGGUUUUUCACUCGAGUGAAGCCAAGGCCCUAGCAUCGAGGGCGGCCAGCGGCGGCGGCAUCUGCAUCGUCGGCAUGGGUAACAGCGCGUGUGAUCUCGCAGUGGCUCUUCUGGCCAACGGCCUAGACAGAGUUCACAUCUCCACGAGGUCGGCACCUCCGAUCAUCAUGCGGCAGUGGGGUCCGCUCUCCUUGGAGUGGGUUUCCAGGCCAACGAAGCAACACCCUUCAACUCCAAGAGCGGUGCAAUUCUUACCGGCUCGGGCGAUCGACAAGGUGCUGUCGAUGUUUGCGGCCGCCAAGUGGGGCAGGGGCUGGAGGGAUAGGGUGUUUCCACCCGGCGUGCGGCAGACCUGGAGUGCGUGCUCCUCCAACCGGGUACCUUGCAUCGACAAGGGAAGCCUCGUCCCGUCGCUGCUGAGCGGCAGGAUAAAGGUGCACGGGCCGAUCGACUGGGCCAACGGGAAGACGCUGCGGUUCAGGCACUCGGGGGCAACGGUUCCCUUCGAGACCGUGAUCCUUGCAACGGGGUUCGACUCCAGCGUCCACGGGUGGCUGGAACCCAGCGCCCUCGACGAGGGCGUCCGAAGUGGAGUUGUACAUACGGUUGGAUUCGACAACGGCAGGGCACUCCUGCCGCUCAGACAGAUCGGCACCGAUGCGCGGCGACUUGCUGCUCGAAUCGCGCCGCGCUCCCGACGUCUCCGCCCCGUGACGCUGUGA